AUGUCUGGCCAGGUAUCAUACCACAUGAACAGUGAGGACAAGGAGUGCAUGGACAGAGACAACAAUAAUGAUGUUGUGACAUUACUGUGCAGUGGUCAAGGGCAGCUGUAUACAAGCACACAAAUGCAAGAUUAUCUCCAACACAGCACUGAGUUGGAGGAACUGUCACUUCUCACAUUCAUGUGUGAUACAUGGGAAGAAUGUUAUACACCAAAGGAUGAGGAGCAAAGCCCAUGGCUACCCUGUCAUGAUGACAGCAACACAUAUGAUUUCUACUGCACAUGCAUGUUGGCCUUGUUGAAGCCAUGGCAAAUAGCAGCUGAUCUGAAAGGCAAGGACAAGGGAUGGAGUGCUGCUUUUGAAUGUAUGAACAGUUCAAAUACACCAUGGGUGACAUGUGUGCUGGCCAGUUUGCAAUACUAUUAUGACUCUAAAACAGCAUGCAAAACAGCAUCAGUUCCUGCUGUAGGAGGGGAUGUACCUCAACUAGAAGGAUGGAUGACCACCAUGCAUACCAUGGUGGAUAGUGCUAACCAAAACCAGAUGUCAGUCAUGGCCAAUGAUGAAAUGGACCAGGGCAGUGUCAUUGAAAAAAAUGGCAUGGCAGGCAUAGAUGCAGGAGGCACCUACAUGCUUGCACAACUGUUUGUCAUGGGUGGGUGUCCCAAUCAGCUGUGUAUGAUCAUUCCAGGGGAGGGUGGUGUUGGCAAGUUGAAGAUGAUACAAAUGAUCAUGGACAAUCUUGCCUGCUGA